CGACUCCAAGGAGAAAGAUGCUCGUGAAAAAUAGCUAUAAAACUUUAUAGCAAAAAUGCCGAAGCGCAAAUCUCAAGCAAACGAAGAUAUUGACAAUGAUCUUUCAGUUCCACUGUCUAUUCAAACAUUUUUCUGGAGACAGACGAGCCCAUUUAUCAGACCAAAACUAGGAAAACUCUGUGAUGCAUCUUGUAUAUCGUUUGAGCGAGUCGUGGUGCAGAAUAUCCUGCAUGGGCAGCCCCCGAGCCUGUGUGAGGCGAUACAGAGUGUGUCCCGAUGGAAGGUGGUACAGGUUGCCUUCCCACACGUUAUGCACGCGUGUGCUGCAAUGCUGGAGAACCGGCGACAGAUGCAUCCGGGAGCCAAGUUUACAAACUGUGAGACAAAACUACUCUACACAUUACACUGGAUCAUCCUAGACGCAGCUUCAGAAUGUGAGGAUAACGUCACUAUGAGCGACACUGUCAAGAUCCCACCCCUCCAUGCGAUGCUCCAUCCAUUAAAAACAAUACAGCUGUUUGUCUACCUUUUUGCGCCUCUAGUUAACUCCCUUGCAGACUCUGAUUUUCAAUCUUUAAAGCUAGAGAAUGGUUUAAGGCUUUGGCAACCACUGUGGGACUACCAGCAACCCGAUGUACCAUGCUUCUCAACUCCAGUAAAACCUCAAAGGAAUGUCCUGAAGGCACAAAGAAAUCAUCUUAAAGUAAACACCAAUGCUGCUAACAUCUACAUAGGUAAAGGUACCUCUACAGAUAACCUGAGAUUCGUGUCUCCAUUUGGGGACACAGAGAGUAUCCAAUCCUCCAGCGGUGAAACCUCUCCCAGUCGUUAUGCCCCACUGGCCAGACUGAGUGACAGUGAGUUCUGCUUCAUGUCCCAGUCAGAAUCUCAGUCAGUUUUCUCAAUGUGUGAAUUCUGCAACAAUAUCAAAAGCAGCCGGGCCAAUGAAGGACCUAGUGUGUGUAGAUGUGGCCGAAAAGACAGCUUCGUGGAUGUGGGACCAGAAAACCGCCAGAGCUUCUUUGAAAAGCUUGGGUCUCUUGAUAGGGACUUUGUGAAACAGAGGUUAGCAAGUGCCGCUAUGGCUGGGGUUAAGGGGGCAGCAGCUCCUAUUGACAUCUUGAGUGCAAGCUACUUUGAUGUUGCAGUAUUACAAAGCUUGUUUUGCUUACAGUGGGCCACUGAGGGAAUUCAUUGGGGGCUGAAAUACGUUCAUCAGCGGUUGUUGGAGAUAUCUGAUGAAUUACUUCAUAUGGAUGUUAAAGACAGAGAAAGAAGUAGGUCUCUUCCAUUUGCUGAUCCAAGACUGCUGAGAAAUAACAGUAUUCCUUCAUCCUCCAAAGAUCCUGUUCAAACUGGUAUACCAAAGUCAGCUAGCAGUUUGUCCAACAGAUUUGCCUCAGCAUCUCCUGAGCUGUCAACAAUACCCAGUGAUUCUGAACCAACGUCGCCAGUCGCAAAACCUUUCUUAUCUGAGUUGAGGCGUGAACCUCCAUUUAAGAAGGUCUGCAUGGUAGAACUACGCCAGUUUCCAGACAGUACAAGGGCUGUUGUGACAAGAAAACAGUCCCCAUCUCCUUCAAGAGGGGAUGCCUCUCCAACAAGUGUUCCAUUCAAAACCAAGCUUGAGAAUUAUCCACUACCAAAAACCCACCGAGAGUAUGCUAGCGUGUAUAACUGGAACACGGCCAGAGGGCGAACUUCAGUUGAUAUCUACAAUGCCAGAUCACCAGAGAGGGAAAAGACAGUGAAGAACAGUCAAAGCUGGGGAGCAACUGGGGAUAAGAAGUUUGAGUUUCCCCCAUCCCCAGACCAGGUGUCAGAGGGUAGCAGUCAACACAGCAGCAAUGAUUCAUCCAGCCUGUCCCAGGAGCAAACAACAAGUGGGGGAACUGUGGUUGGUAAACCAAUCAUCACCAUUACAGCUGAAACACCGCAGAAAAUGAAGCCGAGCUGGUCAAGGCUGUAUGACUUUGGUCCAACUGAGGAGCCCGAGCCCGAGAGUGGUGCAAUAGGUGGGGAUGACCCUGGGGCCCUAGGACUUGCUCGCAGUCAGACAGACACAAACAUCAGUUAUCUAAAGGAGGAGGAAGUACACGAGGUGGCUGGAGCCGUUCACUACAUACAGAAAAAUGGGUGUCUCAAUUACAAGGUUAUACUGCAGGCUAUUCACUAUGUGACGAAGAACCAUACAAGUGAGAAGAUUUGUGAGGUUGGUCUGAACAUCCUCAACUGUCUCCUAGACCUGGACAUUGUGGAGAAAAAGGUUGAGGAAGAGGGGCCCGGGGGUGGGGCUUCGGCUGGUGCUGGGGCUGCGGCGACUGAUGAUAAGAAAGAUGACAACCAGUCUGUGAGCACCGACAUGGGCAAGACAGAGAUUACUGCCUUUGGGCUGGCCAUGGAUAGUCUUAUAAGUAUCUACAAGUCCUUGGGCUGCCCCCACGGUUGUGGGGACGGGUUGAGGGGUCGCCAUGGAGACCUGCUACGUCAGAAAGGCCACAACUGUCUACUGAGACUCCAAAAGCUGAAUGGGCCCUUGUUCUGCAGCUACAUGAAGAACUCUGUGAAGACCCGGCCUAUCCAGGAGGUGGUGGACUUCUUUCACGCCUUUCUUGGCUUCUGUGUGGACCCCCAGCAGAUCCUUCUGUCUCAGCAAACCCAAAAGAAAACAAGUACAGUUUCCAAUUCUACGAGCCCGGUCUCCCAAGCUUCAGGUAAUAGAAAGUCAGUAUCCACGGAGGCACUUCCAAACAACAAUUUCACAAACAACUUUGGCCACCCCAUUGGUGGGGUGGGGUAUCGCGGAGUGGAGGGCGUGUUGAUGUCCUACAGCAUGAAGACCUUCAUCUCUAGAUGUGUGGAGAACACGAAGGAACUCUACAGCAGUGAUAAUAUUAGCUUGUUCUGUGACAUCCGUCAGCUGAUCACAUACUUCAAGGAGAUUCAUGGUGGCACAUUCAGGCGUGUGGCUCUAAGCGGCUUGCUUGACUCACUCUUUGACCUGAAGACCAAGGCAAGCCAGGCCAAAGAGGUGGUCACCCCAACCUCUCAUCCCAUUAGUCGGACCACAUCAGUGACAUCUGAGAGUGGAGAUGAAAAGGAGAGAGCUGCGGUCCUUAGUAACAUUGCUGCCGAACUGAAGGAAAAUGGAGGGAAAUCACGCAAAUCUCUCUUCAGGAAGAAACUGAAAAAGCAACUCCUGGCUCAGCAGCAGUAUGCGGCGAGUGACUCUGAGAUUCUUGAUGAGAUGACGGGCAAGAGUUCCCCACGUGCGAGCCUCUCGUGCAACGAGGAUGAUGGACCAUCCGGUACCAGCACACCUAAGAGGAAGUUUAGCAAGUUCCAUAUUGGCUGGAGAAAGCCCAAGUCUGACCAUGAGGAGGAUGGGUGCAGCGAGGUGGGUGGGGCAAUGGAGAACAGAGAAAGUAAGAGUGACACAGGAUAUCACCGACACGGACUGAAGGGGAAAAUGUCCUUCAAGACGGCCAGUCAGGCGACCUUGACAUUCCUCAGUGCGCGCAGGAGGAUAGAGGGGGGACUCAAGAGUCUUGCCAAGAAGGCACUCAAGCCUGAACACAAUAAAGAACCCAAACAGAGUCAAGGUGAGAGUGAGGCUGACCCAGAUGACAUCGGGAUUGUGAUGCGUGAGAAAAGACUGGUGGAUAAGUUCAUUGUCAAGUCAGGCAUGCUGCGGUUUAACUUCCUAUUAGAGUGUUGUCACCCUGGCACCGUACCUGACCCGCAGCUUGUAGCUUCUAUGAUACAACUGGAAGCCCCUGUAUCAGCACGAGCCACCCUGUUACUGGAGUGUGCCCACUUUGUCCAUCGCUGUAACCAUGGAGACUGGCCAAACUGGAUGCGCCUCAACCUGCCCAGUUUCCGUCACUCUUCAUCUGCCCUGCACUCCCGUGGUCAGCCCUCUGGCAUACGGCGAACUCUCAAUCUUCAGAAGGCCGCUGGCAGGCUCUUCUACAGCUGGGCAGAGAAUCUAGGUUACCAGCUUGAGUACCAGAUGGCCCGGGAGCGCCAGUCUAGGUUCAGUCAUGUGGAGGACGUCCACGAUGAGAGGAAGAAAAGACAACUCCGGAUGGAUGAUGAUAUGGAAGACUUCCUUGAUGAAAACACAGUAAACACCAGAGGAAAUGAAUGUCCAUAUGCGUUAAAAAUGCUGGCAUGCCUCGUUCUACAAGAGAUCACAACAUUUCUGCGAGAGACUUUCCAGUAUCUUCCCCGCAAGAAGCACAAGCUGGAACCCGGCUGGGACAAGCACCUGACAUCACGGAGAUUCAGUAGCAUCAUUUCCAGCCCCGGGCACUCGGACCGCAGCUCAGAAUCAAACAUAGGGGACCUGCCUCACCCCUCACCUGGUCCUGGAGGAGGUACAGGCAGUCCGGGUGAGAGGAAGAUCAGCUUUGCGGUGCAGAUGGAGCGCUCAGAUUCCUUCAAUAGCAGUACAACAUCACUGUCCAUGGAUCCCCUGGCUUCACCUCACACACCCAUGGAGGAAAGAAAAGGUCGUAGACUAGCCCAAGGACGUCAAAAGCUUUUGAAGCAUCUGCGUCGUGGUUCCACACAAAACACGAGCUUCAGGCAAAACAGAAGCUUCCGGAUGAGACGAGGGGAUCAGGGAAGCAUCAAGCUACAUGGUACAGGCAGUAUUCGGACUCGUAAGGUAAGCAGCCAGUCUAUCCACUCGGACUCCAAGUUCCUGGAGGGUGAGCCAAGCACAGACGAUAUUGAGUCAAUGACAUACUGUAGUGAGGAUGUUCAGCAGGAUACACAGGCCAUGGAGGAGCAACAGGAGGUCGAGGACGAGAAAAUGUUCACAAACAUGCCCUGGAUCAAGGUUGUGAUACAGUUAGCGAACCAGUCCAACUUUAUCUGCCCUCAUCAAGGCUUCUGUCACUUAGACUGCUAUGAGCGACAGAGGCGGAGUUGUUCCAGACUGGUUACCUCAAUGAAGAAGAUAUACCAGUCUACAGAGGAGGAACAGACAAAAGAAUCUGACCGUAAACUGGAACAACGAAGGGAAAUCUUUAAAGACAAGUUCAAAAGAAGGGAGUCAAUAUUUCAAAACCCGUCGCCUAUCAAGAGGCGUGAGAGCACGCCAUUGUUAGAGAAAAUAAGGACGGACGUGUCCCUUGUCAAGCAGAAACUGACCAGCUGGAAGAAGGAGGUCAAACCAAAGGAGGUGAAGGAGGACUCACCCAUGGUGAAAUACAUCACUUCACAGGCCCAGAAGUUGACCCAGUGUCCCCUGAGCAUUCUGACAAAGUCUGCCCCUAUACUGAAUGAGGACCAGUUUGCCGACAUAAUGCCUGUAGCCUGGGAACUCAUGAUGGAAACUGAUCAGGAAGUGGCCGCAGCUGCUGCCUCCAUGUACCUGAUAUCAUCUGUACGCGCCCCAGAAAAGGCUCAGACAAUGGUGUUCAAGGAGCUGCAGCACGAGGACCCGUGCGUGAGGAUCAAUGCUAUACUGAGGUUUGGCACGCUGUGGAAGUUCAGGCACCAGGUCUGGCCUCGCAUGGAGGAGGGUGCACAGAUACACUUCAAGGUGCCUCCCCCAAACAUAGACUUCACUCUGCCCUUCCCGACCAUCGGCCUGCCCAGCCAGGCUCCCAUUGACCCGCCCUGGAACCCACACUUCAAGGCCAAGAUUGAGGAAGUGACCGUCAACCAGGACCAGACAAAAUCACUAGUGACUGCAACAACUACACGUCGUAAGCAGCAGCAGGAGAUGAUACGUCGAGCCCUGCAGCGGGAAGAGGAGCGGAAGCGUAUUGGGCGUGAGACAUUCCCAAUGACAACGGUGUCCGUUACACAGCUUGCCGCUGUGGAACCUUCAUUGCAUCAUGCAGGGGAAGACCAUGAGGAAGCCUUGCAAGAGGAAAUAAACCUAGCUGCCCGGCGCGUAUCACUUGCGCCCACCAAUCGCAACAUAGCCAGCCGAAGCAUGUCGUGGAGAAAUGGGAGUCUGCAUUGGGCACGACUAACCACCUUUGAAGGUGAUGAGGAACGCGUGGAGCACGUACAUAACAUGCAGCUUGCAGAGAAGUUCUUCCCAUCAUCCAUCUGUGCAGUCGUGUUACCCAUAAUCCAUCUGUUGGAGGACGGGGAUGUCAGUGAUGAUGGCAUCGCAGUACGUGAAGUGGCUGAGAAGAUUAUCUGGAGCUGCCUUGUGGAGGAUCCCGUUCUCUUUAUGAGACACUUUCUCGAGAAAAUCACACACAAGGAAAAACAUGAGGAGCUGUUGUUCAUCCUGCGGAAGCUGUUGUUCUAUUUCAAGGAUCUUCCCACCCAGAUGGCCCACUCACUCUUUAACUACCUAAUUGGCUAUGUGAUGUUCUAUGUGCGAACCCCUCAGACUUAUGGGCAGGAGGCUAUAGCUGGGGCACUGGCUCUCCUCUGGCAGGUUGUUCCAAGUGUUGAAGGAAUAUAUUUCAAGGACCUGAAGCAAACACUUAAGAAGGAACAGUGUGAUCCCAAUAUCAUGAUAUCUGCAAAUGUGCCCAGUGCAAAGAAGAUCAUAGUUCACGGGCCUGACCUGACGAGCAUCCCGUCCCAAUUCCCCGUGCACGAGGACACACAGUUCAACGUGAUCUUACAGGACAGCCUGGACUUCUUCAACAUCCCUGAGGAAGAGCAAAACUCAUACUUCCUCGUCGAUACCAAGUCAAACCAGAUCCACAACAUGAACUCAUACGUGCGUGACUUCUACUUCUUCCGUCGUAACUUCUACCCCCAGCUGAGCCUGGUACACAUGGAUCCACAGGAGGCCCAGGAUAACCUGGAGAAACAGGCGUUCCUUCUCAAGUUUGGAGAAAUUGGAAAAGUCCUGUUCACAGUCGCUAUAUUGGAGAGUACUUCACCACAUCAGCUCCAGAACCACAUCAGUUUCCUGCAUGAAGAGCUUGCAAAGCUGCCAUCGUUUCCCAGGAAGUCCCUGGACGCAGAGUUCAGUCUCUACGGGGGAACUCUUGGGAGGGAGCUGUUUGGAAUGGACACACUUCACAAAGAAUCAUGGCUGAAGCUGAUGCACACAAUGUUUUCCCGGAUGACGAGCUCGUUCAACUGGUCCCAGGACCUGUGUUUGUUCCUGAACGUGAUCAAUGGCUGCGUCAUUCUUCAUUGUGAGGACUCAGCCAUGUUACGGUUCAGUCUUGCCACCUUCCUCAAUAUCUCCAUACACUUCAAGCAGAUCUUCUCCAUGACUGGGUUUCUGAAUGUGAUCCCGACCCUGAUGCGGACGUACAGUAACCACCUGCCCAACCCCGUUGUGUGUAAGGCCCUGCAGUUUGUCUUCAAGCAGUUCUACAUUCUCCACAGGAAACCAUUCAUGCUGCAGCUGUUUGGUAGUUUAGCCAACAUCUUGGAUUUCCAGUCUGCCAGUACCGGGCUGAUGGACACAACUAAGGUUCAGCCAGAUUGCUUGUUUGAGAUGCUACUCUCCCUGGAGAAGGACACGCCCGACCUACUCUCCAUCCUAGACCUUGUCGACUACCCAAAGCCAUUUAAGGCUCUCGACUUCUGUUAUGAGAGUGAGCCGGAGACAUUCAACCUGAUGCAGGUUAUAGACAUGUGUGUGACCGUGGUCGUCUACUCCCCUGACUCUUUCCGCAGUGUUCAGAUGCUGACAAUCCUGGAGAUAGUCCUGCCCCGCUACCUGGAUUACUUGCAUCAGGAGACAAACAAAAAGGACAACCCUCCAGCUGCACGGGCUGAAAUUUCCGCAAUCAACACCAUAGCAUCCUCAAUGAGGGCUCUCGUCACUUCCUGUGACUGUUUCUCAAGGGGCUUACCAUUACCUAAGCAGCUGGAGGCAGAGCGGACAAGCACGAAGGACAAGAGAGACCGGGGAUCUCCUGUAGAAACCAGCGUCUUCUAUGAUGAGAGAGAGGACUCCAAUACUUACCCCAAUCGUCAUGCUGAGGAGGGAAGGGGACGGAAAAGCCAAGCACAAUAUGAUCAGGAUGAUGAAGAAAUGCAGCGACAGGAUUUCCGUAAGCCUCGGGAUAGCCUGCUGAAUGUGGUUGCAGAGUUUUAUGGCGCAUGUCAGACACGCAUGAAGGAAUUAAGAAAGAUGCUACAGGAUCUGUCGUUCAGGCCCCCAGAACUGCUGGACCACAAGUCUCAUAAUAGACUGGCUGACAUGGCCCACACAUUGCUGAAGCUGGCCACAUAUGACCCAGACACCAUGGGUUGUGCUGGACUCCAGAAGUACAUGACAGAGAUCCUCCCCAUCACGGACUGGUCCCAGGAAGCUGUGAGACCAGCUCUUAACCUCAUUCUCCGCAGACUAGACAGGCUCUUUAACAAGAUAAAUAACCCUAAACGGCCCCACCUCAAGAGGAAAGUGGACUGGACCGCAGGAGCCAAUCUGCUCAAAGGGGUAUUCCUGACCUUGAAGAAGUUCCCUUACAUUGCCCAUCUGCCACAUCUCAAGACCCUCAUCAAUGUGCUGAUCCAGAUUGUGCUAUCGAGCGGCUCCCAGACGGUGAUGGAGAGUCUUCCAGGGAUGGGCGUGUUUCGGAGCGAGUUCUCCGGCUCCGUAAUACCUCCCAUGUUCUGUUCUGAGGUCGUAAAGCUGGUUGCCAUGCAGAUGCAGGCACUUGGGUUUAGACGCCCCUACCACUGGGUUCCAGCUGAGUUGAUCACCCAGGGAACCAAUGAGCAGAUUACCCUGGAGCAGAUAUGUGGAGGAUCGUCCGUAUUUCCAACAAGUGAGAGAUGUAUCAACAUGCUUGUCAACUUCAUACUGCCACUGUGUAUCAGGGUCGGAUGUGGCCGCAGAGACACCCCCAGGCUGCGGCAGGUGGACAUCAACUUCGCCCUGCAGGUGAUUUUAAACAUCCUCAAUCCCCCGGCCAAGGUCUCAGGGGGCGGCCAGACAAACAGCAGCACCAAGUCAGGAAUGCACCAUCUCUCCAUCACCGAGCAUGGCCGCUGUGGCAGCAUGAGUCGUAACAGCCACAAAUCCUAUGUCAAGUACCAGGGGAACGAGCUUCUGGUGCAGACAGCCUACCACGGUUUGGAGAUCCUGAUGGCGUGUUUUGACAAGGCUCUUGCCCCAGAGUGGCACCGUGUGGCCAAGGUCAUCAUGCAGAACUCACACACCAGGGUUUGCCUGCCCCUGUGGAAGUUCCUGAACUUUGUGGUCACCCACCGUCCCUCCAUCUUCCUCAUGUUGCAGCCCUUCAUUCAGUUUAAGAUGCUGCGCAUCAACUGUGACACUGCCCAGGAGUAUUAUGAGCAGCAGACAAUCAAGGACAAGCUGCAGGGCUACAGUUUUACCCAUCCCAAGUGCAUGGGCUCUGUCUUGGUGGAACUGGCCCUGGAGUUGAAACUGAUCAAGGAUGAGUUCAUUGCUACAGGAGGUGAGUACCGGUCAAGGUCAGCUACCAUGGUGACUGACCGGUCUGACUUCAGCCACAAUCCUGGGGCGGAGAUAAGGACAGCGAAGGAGGUGUCAGAUAUCACCACGGAGAUCAUAGGCCCACCCAAACCAACCCUUGCUACUAUCGGCAAGAGGGCUAGCAGAGCCACAAUCUUGUCGCAAAACAGCUCCAGCAACAGUGCACCGUUCAAGGCCACCGUUCUAACAUCCAGUUUUGAGAAUGGUAGUCCUACUGGGCGGCGCAAAUCUAACGCUGGUCAGAGGAUAUCUGCUAAAGAUGGUACCAGGAUACUGGAGAAGUUCAGAAAACCAACGCAAGAUGACUUAUCCCCCAUAGACCAGAUUGUUCCUGAGACAGAGGAGAAGGUGGGUAUGGAGCCGAUGAUCGCCUUCCAGCCCGUGUCCAAUCAGAACAGCGUGGAGCACCUGCCUACGUCCGUACAGUAUGAGAAUGAAGACAUCAUAGAUGGUAACGAUCUUUACCCAAGAGGUCACAGACUACAGCGCCAGGAUGCAAAGAGCCGUAAAACAUUCAAGAUGAAGAGAACAAAAACAAAAACCACCAGCGUGCGGCGAUUCAUGUCCAGACACGGCAAGAAUGAUGUGAGUGACACAGAGAGUAACAGUACAGAGGGGUCACCCACAAGGUCAAGCAGCACCAUCAGGAGCAGACGACAAGGGGAAAGUGACUCCCUCCGUCUUCAUAGAACGGGGACUGGUAUUCAUACACCACGGGCGGGGUCACCUUCAAAAUGUGGUUACGCCAAAUCUGUUGAGACUAUACAUGAACAAAGGGAAGAUUGCAAAAAGUCAAGCAAGCCAAGAUACAUCCAGCGUUCCAAGUCCCAUGAUGAUCCCCAUGGUGAUAUACACGCCCCAGCAGGCACUGCACGCCGUCGAAUUGCCCGCCAGGGAGCUCGUAUGGUGAGGUCAAGAUCACCCUCAUCAAGUCCUGUGCGUGCUUUAGGCUCUAAAUCAAACCUUAUGAGCCCUAAUUGCAAGAUAGCCUCUCCUCCCCUAAGAAGGGGCUUUUCUGAAGACAGUCCUGGACCGGCUGAGAUGCCAAUCAAUAUCACAUACGCCACAAUCCCUGGAGCCACGAGUCCACCACAGAGUGCACAGUCUUUGAAGGAAGAUAGAAGCUUCUUCAGGUUCAGCCUCAAGAAGAAGGAACCAGCACCUCAGAUGAUAAAAGAGAACGACUCUGAAUCAUCAGCUGACAGCCCAAUGAGUCCUCCAAUAACCAGCCCUUUGAGCCCUACUAAUCCUUUCCUAAGUCUUGUCUAUGAGAAACCCAAGCCAGUCAUUACAUCUUCUGAGAAAAAGGACACGGCUCCUAAAAGUCUAGUAAAGUCUAGAAUCCAGAUGUUCACCAUGCCUGUACAGAAAGGUGAAAUCAAGCCCGCUGGUCCCACACAGGGGAAGAUAGCACCAAUAGUUCCUCCCCCAAUACCACCCAGACAGUUGUUCACCAAGACCUUUACAUCUACAAAUGAGCCAGAACCUCAAAGCCCUCCAGAAAAUACGAAGUUCAAAUCUCGGGACAGACAAAGACCAUUUACUUCUCCUGUUAAGCAGAGAGCCAUAGCCAAACUUUUAAACGACUUGCCAGUCAGUGAUACCUCAGCAUUUCAUGUCCCUCAGCCGAAAGCCAUUAAUCUUCCCAGAGAGACCUCCCCCCAGCCUCUAAGCUCCACCAACCCUUUCAGAUCCAAUCCAGACCCAUUUCAGAACUCUCAGCUAACCCAGAAAGGAGGAGUCAAAUCCAACGAUGCCAUAAAGCAGACUUAUGUAUCCUCGAGGUGUUCGUCAGAUGAAUCACUGACUGAAUUCUCCACUCUCUUAAAGGAGGAUGAAAAGUCAGCAUCUAGAUCGUCCGUCUGUAUUUAUUUUGACGGGAAAGAGGUUCCUGAUACUCUUGUCUAGGUUAGACAAAAGAAAAAUAGGUUGUUUGGUACAAGAAAUGAGUGUAAUUUUUUACAUCCAAAACUGUUUGAUUAUAAUAUCUUGGAAACAUGUAAUUGAUUUAUGAUACUUGUACUGAAUGCGAUUCAUUUAUUUUUUUGGGGAUAUUUGUACGGGCAUUGUAUCAGUACAGUUUUGACAAGCAUAACAGCACUUUGAGUUCAUGAUUAAAAGAUAAUAUGAAACAAAAAAACAAAGUUAUAGUUCAAUGUAAAUAGUUUGAUUGAUAUUGUGAAAUAUUUGUGAUAGUUGUAUAAUAGGGUUGUGAUGUUAAAACUUUUUGAGUUUAAAAAUAUAAAUGUCAAAAAUGAAAAUGACUACUUGUUGAGUAUGUUGUUGAGGUACUGUUAAUGGUGUAUUUAUACGUUUGUGGUCUUUCAUCUUAGGAACUGCUGGUCACAGUAACCAUAUAGAAUAUAUAAUUUUUACCAUACUAUUUUUUGUCAUGUCAUUGGUAAAACAUUGUACUGAGCCUACUUGUUAACCAUGUCUUCUGAAUUAUGGGCAGGUUUGUGUCAAGAUUUGUGUCAAUUUGGCCAUGCAUGGGUCGAUUUUAAAGUAACCCUUUACAAAUGUUUUCCAUAGCUAUGAUAAGACGAUUUACACAUUGAUAUUAAAUUUUACAACCUUCCACAAAACUGGUUCAUCAUUUUUUUUCAGCAUCUGGCCGGACAGUGUUUGCGUUUUACUGACUCAGCUCUAGUCUUAACAUUUAUAGAGCAUAUGGGUUAUGCUUGUCCAUAUGAAUGACUAUCCAUCACUUGUUCAAUUUACUCAAACCAUUUGCGGCAUAAGAUGAAAACCUGGUUUUUGUUAAAUUGCAGCAACACAGUCUUGUUAUAAAUCUUGCAUUUAAACUUCAUGCUGUCUUGACGGAUUUAUUUUCUGUUAGAUUUUUAUAGCAAGAAAAACAACUAAUAUAUUAUUUGUAUAUGUUAUGAUGCAAAAAUAUAUCUAUGUUAUAGAAGACCAUUAUAGUGUUUUUCAAAGAAAAAGUGGAGGUAUUGACAUUGUUGGCCUUGUCAUUCAACUUGAACCUUGAUCUCAACCUUGAUUGACUGGAAAACAUCAGAUGAGUCUUUGCAUUCGCUCCGCAUCCCUCUUCUAUAUUUACAGUUUUUACUGGGACAAAAUAUAUGGUAUAUUAUUAUGCCCCCUUUUGAAAAAAGUGGGGUAUAUUGUUUUGCACAUGUCGGUCGGUCGGUCGGUCGGUCUGUCGGUCGGUCGGUAGGAAUACCAAAUGGUUUCCGAUCAAUAACUUGAGAACGCUUUGACCGAGGGACCUCAUACUUGGUAUGUGUAUUGGUCAUCACCAGCAGAUGAACCCUAUUGAUUUUGAGGUCAGUGGGUCAAAGGUCAAGGUCAGUGUGACCUUUACAUGAAAAACGGUUUCCGAUCAAUAACUUGAGAACGCUUUGACCCAGGAACCUCAUACUUGGUAUGUGUAUUGGUCAUCACCAGCAGAUGAACCCUAUUGAUUUUGAGGUCAGUGGGUCAAAGGUCAAGGUCAGUGUGACCUUUACAUGAAAAACGGUUUCCGAUCAAUAACUUGAGAACGCUUUGACCCAGGAACCUCAUACUUGGUAGGUGUAUUGGUCAUGACCAGCAGAUGAACCCUAUUGAUUUUGAGGUCAGUGGGUCAAAGGUCAAGGUCAGUGUGACCUUAACAUGAAAAACGGUUUCCGAUCAAUAACUUGAGAACGCUUUGACCCAGGGACCUCAUACUAGGUAGGCUUAUUGGUCAUGACCAGCAGAUGAACCCUAUUGAUUUUGAGGUCAGUGGGUCAAAGGUCAAGGUCAGUGUGACUGUAAGCUGAAAAAAGGUUUUCUGAUUGUCCAUAUUUUAUUUUCUUAUAUAGUAGACAGUAGAAAUUUAUAUGUCACUAAAUGCAUGAGUUGAAGUAUCAGUUUUCAGUGAACAUCUAGUUUAAUUAUGCCCCCCUUCGAAGCAGAGGGGUUAUAUAAUUGCUUUGCACAUGUCGGUCGGUCUGUUGGAAGACCAAAGCUUGUCCGAGUGAUAACUCAACAAUUCCCGGACCUAUGGUCAUCAAACUUGACAUGAAGAUUAGGUAUGACCAGUAGAUGACCUGCCUCAUAUGCAUCCAAUGACAAAUCAGCUGUCAUUUCAGUCCAUGCAUAUUUCAUUCAAUUGUCCAAAUAUUUCUGGCAACUUGGCGCUCAGGGGGCAUAAUGUUUGACAAACAUCUCUUGUUCUUAGAUAUUUAUCGGGCCAAACAGUGAUACAUGUAGGUGAUAUACUGAACAGUGCAAUGAGCUUCCUGUGCCAAUGUGAUUCUGAUAUCAGUUGUUGUUUUACAUGGUUCUACAUAAAUGAUUGUUAUUUGUACGUUUGUGAUGUUAUAGUUUACUUGGUUUACAUUCAUAUUCUAUGUUAAUUAUCUUUUGUAAUGUAAUUGAGUGAAUAAAAGUAGCUAGUUUCUCAA